AUGACUCUCCCACUUCCCCUCGCCCACAGUGGCAACGAUGAUGGAGUCGUCGUGGAGAUUCUGCGCAUGGCCGCUGAGAAGGGCGUAGAUACCGCCCUCAAAAUCGGCGGCGUUAUCUUGCUGUUCCUCUUUCUGAGGGACCUGAUCGCCUUUUGGUUUUGGUGGGGACGUUCGGAGCUCUCGCGCAACAUUCUGACCGUUGAAUCUGUGGUAUAUUGCCCGAGGAUUGCCGGCGCCGCUGGUUGA